ACGCGGUGGUCCCAGGUCCGAGAAGCAGAAACAGGGAAGAUUGACCAGGAGAUUCACAAGUACAACACCCCAGGCUUUACGGGCUGCCUGUCCCGAGUCCAGUUCAACCAGCUCAGCCCCCUGAAGGCGGCUCUGCGCCCCACCAACACCUCAGCCCACGUGCAUGUCCAGGGUGAGCUGGUGGAGUCCAACUGCGGGGCAUCCCCACUCACCCUGUCCCCCAUGUCGUCUGCCACCGACCCCUGGCACCUGGACCACCUGGACUCAGCCAGCGCUGACUUCCCGUAUAACCCAGGACAAGGCCAAGCUAUAAGAAAUGGUGUGAACAGAAACUCAGCUAUCAUUGGAGGGGUCAUCGCUGUGGUGAUCUUCACCAUCCUCUGCACCCUGGUCUUCCUCAUCCGCUACAUGUUUCGUCACAAGGGUACCUACCACACCAAUGAGGCCAAGGGAGCAGAGUCUGCCGAGAGCGCGGAUGCCGCCAUUAUGAACAACGACCCCAACUUCACAGAGACCAUCGACGAGAGCAAAAAGGAAUGGCUUAUCUGAGGGGUGGGGACACUCCGUGGCCCUGAGACAGGGAGGCAGGGGGUGGGCCUGACAAGGGAGGAGGAAGAGGGACGAUAGCAC